GCUGAGCGAGCGUUGAGAUCGGUUGUGUAGCGUUUGGCGCGGUUGCAGUUGGCAUUUGUGUGGCUCAAUUUGGGGAAAGAUUCAAAUUAAUUUGAAAUACAUAUAUUGAUAAAACCGUUUGACCGGUGGACUAGCCCGGCCAUAACAAACGCUACAGCUAAAAAAAAAUAAAACCGUUUGAACGUGAAUUAUACUAGUAAGAAAAAAAUGGUUCGAACGCCAAAAAAAAAUCAUAAAAUGAAGUUGAUUCGUGGAUUAUUCAUAAAAUGAAAAAAAAACUGGAACUGAGUCAAGUUUACCGCCAUCUUAGAUAAAAGUUCCAGGUGUUUGAAGUUGUUUUUAAGAUUACAUAAUCGGCGUUUCCAUGAAAAUGCAGUCGGCGCAUUCAACAACAAAACAAACAUCAAAGUGUAUAAUAGUGAGCAGUGCUAGAGCGAUGAUGCGACGACGUCAGCGAUAGCAUGAACCAAAUAUUCUUAUGGCUCGUUCAUGAGCAAUAGUUCAAUGAAAAAUAAACGUAAUUAAGAAAACAUUAUACAAAAAUUGCCAUUGCAACGCCGUCCACUCGGCAUAAUAAAAUAAAAGAGAUUAAGUAAAUGAAGAGGUUUAAAGUAAAAAAGAAAGAAGUGAAAAUUGGGAAAUAGAUUUGAGGGGCCCCUAGUGACGGCAGUUUUGCUGAUCGUACAAAGAAAAUAAAGGUGAAUGAAUAAAAAUACUGGGUGACUCAUUCACAGUAAAUUGAAUUCCUCUUGUUCGCAGUUAGUAAAUAUCAGGUAUAACUUGAUAUAUAACAAUAAUAGAAGAUAUUCUAUUAUUUAAAAGUGCUUUAUAUACAUACAUAUAAGUCAUAACAACAGGUUUUUAAUCGUGUUCCCGUCACCGCGGUGUAAUGCUACGAAAUGUCGCCACAGCACUGCCAAUCACAACAACAAACACAAAUUUACCACCUAGCACAAUGCCGGCCGCAAUUCCUACGUUCACGAAAAAAUCUUUGUCGAAAACUACACAAAUAUCAGACGUUAGCGUUUGCGUUAGCACUAAUAAAUUUGCAUGCAGCCGUUUUAGUUUCCGCUGCUUUGAGUCCGUCCAUAUCCGCUUUAUCUACGAGUUCCAGAGAUGACCCCUUUUCGGGUUUUUUCACACCCGCCAAUACGCAAACUGUCGAAGAUAGUUUAAUAUUACCGCUUACGCGACUACGGAGAUCACCUCAUCCUGCUCCAGAAUCGAUUAGUUCUCUCUAUUCAGCUUUACCCGCAGCGCGUACUGGCAAUUCUGCCAUUUAUUUCGGCAUGUCGCCAUCGUCGUCGGCUGCGCAUGAAAAUAGUGUCAACCAGAUUGAACAGUAUUCCGAUAAUCGCAAGCCAGCAUUCAAAAACUGUGCCAGCUACAAACCAUCUGUGAAGGAAGAGAGACCCGAAAACACUUUUGUUAUAAUGGUGCAGGCAGUGGAUCCGGAUUCGGAUCAAGAAAUUAAAUAUAGUCUUGUGCAAUCGGCAGCUGAAAGAUCGAAAUUUCAUAUUGAUCCAAAAACUGGUGUUAUAGUGACUGCGCACAUAUUCGAUCGCGAUGAACCAAUAUACGAGAAAGCAGUAUAUGUGACAGUACAGGCAACGGAUAACGGGCGGCCGCCCUUGGACGAUGUGUGCACAUUUAAAGUGACGAUUGAAGAUAUCAAUGAUAAUCCUCCAGUCUUCAAUAAGGCGCGUUACGAUGAAUCAAUGUCAGAAGAUAAACAGCCUGACGCAAUUGUGAUGCGCAUCUCGGCCAGUGACUUGGAUGAUGGCAACAAUAGUAUUGUCGAAUACGAAAUUCUACCCGAUCGCGAUCAUUUAUACUUUAAAAUCGACAAAGCAGCAGGCAUUAUUUAUCUAAACCGUCCCAUCGACAAACGUCCUGGCCAAUACUAUACAAUCAAUGUACGUGCCUAUAAUAGUAUAGUACCAGACCCACCACAAGAUGCGCAAAUUGAAGUGCGUAUACGCGUUGUUGAGUCGUCAAAGAAGCCGCCCUCCUUUGUUGAUCCCAUCGAAGAUCCUAUUUACCUGAAGGAAGACUACAUGAACUACUCCACGCCUAUUGUUACGUUACGUGCCGUUUCAAAUGUGCCCGACAAACCGGAAGUCAUCUUCGAAUUAAUUACGGGGCGAACCGAGCAAACGAAUAGUAAAAAGACCUUUGUCUUCAAUCAGACCGGCACGACGGUAACCAUUGGUUUGGGAAAAUUACUCGAUUAUGAAUCUGUCACAGAAUACACAUUGACAAUGAGUGCGCGCAACACAUACGAUUUAGUGGCAGAGCAUAUAGUUAAAAUCAAGGUGGAGGAUGUAAACGAUAACAUACCGUAUUUCACAGAGGUGAAAAAGGGUACAUUGCUUGAAAAUGAGCCGCCAGGCACACCUGUGAUGCAGGUACGUGCUUUUGAUAUGGACGGCACAGAAGCGAAUAAUAUUGUGUCUUUUGAGUUGGCCGAUAAUCGUGAAUAUUUCAAAAUUGAUCCGCACACUGGCAACAUAACGGCAUUGACCACAUUCGAUCGUGAAGAGCGUGACUUCUACAAUGUGAAGGUGAUUGCUAGUGACAAUUCGCCAUCAAGUUUAUACAACAAUGGCGAGCCAAAUCGGGGACAACAAGUGUUUCGCAUCGAAAUUGCGGACAAGAACGAUCAUAAGCCACAUUUUCAGCUACCCGAAUAUGUACCUGAUCGCUUGCCAGAAGAUGCAAACAUUAAUUUUAUUGUCAUUGAGGUAAUGGCCGAAGAUGAAGAUAAUGCUUCACAAAUUCAAUACACAAUUGAAAGUGGCAAUGUUGGGAAUGCGUUCAAAAUCGAAGAGAAAACGGGCAAGAUCACAGUGAACCAACGGCUGGAUUAUGAGAACAUUACCGAAUAUGUGCUUAAGAUACGUGCCUUUGAUGGUAUUUACGACGAUUAUGCAACUGUUAAGAUAGAAAUCGCGGACGUUAACGAUAAUCCACCAGAGUUCAAGGAAAAGUACUCGAAAACCAUACAAGAAGAAAUGGUCUACGAUUACUGUAUACUGAAUAUUGAGGCUUAUGAUCCUGACAUCAAAAAUCGCUCAGCAGAUCAGCACAUCAAGUAUUCGGUGGUAAAAGAGGAGCAAAAGAAGAUGCUAACAAUUGACAAUGACGGCUGCUUAAAGCUCAUACAGCCGCUGGAUCGUGAUCCACCAGAUGGUCACAAGAGUUGGCAGGUACUGAUCGCGGCCGUUGACGAAGAUGGAUAUGGUUUGAAGUCGGUGACGCAUGUGAUAAUCAAUCUGCAGGAUAUUAACGAUAAUGCGCCAUUCUUGGUGAAUACGAUGCCAGUUAUUUGGCAAGAAAACCGAAAUCCCGGACAAGUUGUGCAAUUGCAAGCGAAUGAUUAUGACGAACCGCAGAAUGGGCCGCCAUAUACCUACGGCAUCGAUAGUGAGGCGUCUCCAGAUAUUAAGGCCAAGUUUAGCAUCGAUAACGAUUACCUAUUCGCAAAUGUGCAAUUCGAUCGCGAGGAACAAAAGGAAUACUAUAUACCCAUUAGAAUUAGCGAUUCCGGACAACCGAAACGAAGUAAGGUGAGCAUCUUGCAUCUGAUAAUUGGUGACGACAAUGACAAUGCGAUGUCGGAGGGUUCAUCGCGUAUAUUUAUAUACAAUUACAAAGGCGAAGCGCCUGAUACCGAUGUGGGGCGUGUGUUUGUGGACGAUCCAGAUGACUGGGAUCUCGAGGACAAGGAAUUCCGCUGGAAGAAUGGCAUACCACACGAUAAUUUCCGCUUGAAUCCGAGCACAGGCAUGAUAACAAUGCUUGAAAAUACACAAGAGGGCGAAUAUCUGCUUGAAUUCGUUGUUACCGAAGAGUCGACCUUCAUACCGCGACAUUCCGUAGAUGCCGAUGUUACAGUCAUUGUGCGGGAGUUGCCCGAAGAAGCGGUUGAUAAAAGUGGCAGCAUACGUAUUUACAACACUACCAAAGAGGAUUUUAUUAGUGUGCCUCGCGACGCGCAAGCUGACGACUCACUUUCACUAAAAGAUCGUCUGCAAUUUUCGCUCGCCAAACUGUUCAAUACAUCCGUUACAAAUGUAGAUGUCUUCACAGUGCUGCAAAAUGCAAACAACACCUUAGAUGUGCGGUAUUCGGCACAUGGCUCACCAUACUAUGCACCCGAGAAGUUGAAUGGUAUUGUAGCGCAACAUCAACAAAUGCUCGAAAAUGAAUUGGGCUUACAAAUGCUAAUGGUGAAUAUUGAUGAAUGUCUCAUCGAGCGCUACAAAUGCGAAGCGUCGUGCAUGAAUACGCUACACAAAUCGAAUAUUCCGUACAUGAUCUACUCGAAUACAUCGUCAUUUGUGGGGGUGACAGCUUUUAUUGAGUGGCAUUGCGUUUGUGAAGCGAGGCUAAGCUCGUACUGCCUCAACGGUGGCACACCGCGCAUAGGCGAGAACGAUUUGUGCGACUGCAUCGAUGGUUUUACGGGGCCGCAUUGUGAAUUGGUCUCUGUUGGCUUCUACGGCAACGGUUACGCAUUCUAUGAACCCAUAUCGCCAUGCGAAAACACAAGAAUUAGCCUCGAAGUGGCGCCCCAAACCGACCAAGGCUUAAUUAUGUACCUAGGGCCCUUGAAUUAUAAUCCACUUUUGCCACUAUCCGACUUCCUGUCAUUAGAGUUGGUAAAAGGUUUUCCCACAUUGACGGUGGACUACGGCUCUGGUGCCAUACGCAUCGAACAUCGGCACAUUCAAUUGCAGGUAGGCAAAUCCUAUCAGUUGGACAUCAUACUACAGAAGACGAGUAUUGAGAUGACAGUAGACAACUGCCGAUUGUCUACCUGCAUGAGCUUGGGCGCGCCGCAAGGACCCAACGAGUUCCUAAAUGUUAAUGCACCGUUGCAACUAGGCGGCACACCCAUAGAUCUAUUCCAACUUGGUCAGCGACUUAACUGGACCUACACGCCUAGCAUGCAAGGCUUUUUCGGCUGCAUACGCAAUCUGACAAUCAACAAUCAUACCUACAAUUUGGGCGCACCUGCAAUAUCACGCAACAUCGAUUCGGGUUGCCAACGCGCCGUUGCUGUAGCGGUAAGUUUCGGCAUUGAUCGAAACUUCAUCAUUGCGAUUGUGGCAUGUAUAAUGCUCCUGCUUAUUAUACUACUGGCUGUGGUCGUGCAGAAGAAACAAAAGAACGGCUGGCAUGAAAAAGACAUUGAUGAUAUUCGAGAAACGAUAAUCAACUACGAAGAUGAGGGAGGCGGUGAGCGGGACACCGACUAUGAUCUCAAUGUGUUGCGCACGCAGCCAUUCUACGAGGAGAAACUCUACAAAGAUCCACAUGCGCUGCAAGCGAUGAAAGAUCCCAAUAAUGAGAUACCCGAUAUUGGUGGGUUCUUGGGUGAUAAAAAAGAAAAUUGUGAUCGAGAAGCGGGCACAUAUCCGGUGGAUGAUGUGCGGCACUAUGCGUACGAAGGUGAUGGCAAUUCGGACGGCAGUCUGUCGAGUCUGGCGUCCUGUACUGACGAUGGUGAUCUCAAUUUUGACUAUUUGUCGAAUUUCGGACCACGUUUCCGUAAAUUGGCCGAUAUGUAUGGCGAAGAACCUUCCGAUACAGAUUCAAAUGUUGAUGACGAACAAGGUUGGCGUAUAUAAAAACAAAACUGGAACUAUAAAGCUUCCAUUGACAUUUCAUGCAAAAUGUAAAAGACUUUAAAGCUAAGCGCAUAUUUAUACAUACAUACAUACAUAUAGUAAAUGUAUUUGCAUACAUUCAUACAUGUCUAAAUACAAUUAUGUAUGCAAUUGAAAGUAUGUUUGUAUGGAGGGCAGGUUGAAUUGGAUUUAUGAAAUUGCGUAAGCAACACACACACAAAGACAAAUAGACAUACAUCCAUACUACAUACAUUGGCGCUCGUCUUAAUUUAAUUUAAUUUAAUUUAAUUUUUAUAAUUACCACUAAUUUAAUGCGAAAAAGAGUGAUGAACAUAAUUAUAAGACAUUAAAAAACUGAAUGUAGUAAAACAUAAACCAGAAAAAGAACAAAUAUAUGUACAUUUGAAGUAGAACAUGGUGACUUAUAUUUUUUGGUGAAAUAUAUUGUGGACAAUAUCAUGAGCUAUAUAUACUUCGAUGUACGAGUAUAUUCCACGAAGGAAACGAGUGAUUUAAACAGAUGCUUGGCGCUCACGUAAAUAGCACAUUUAUUUUUUACAAUAUUCUCAAUUAUUUACGUGAUAAAUUUUUUCGUUAUUGCUUAUAAAAAUAUGCUA